AUGAAGCUUUCUUUUCAGCCAGAUGACCCAUACUCUACAUAUAGAGAAUUUGAAAUUGUUAGGGAAAAAGAAGAAUUAUUUGGAAAACCUGCUAGAAAGCCUCAGGAUCCUUCGAUAAAAUCUUUAUUGGCAUUUGAAGAAGAGUUACCGUCUUUUAAGGAAGCUGAAAAGCAAAAAUGACUCAGUGAGGCAAGAGACGCAUAUCGCGGCUAUUUUUAUAGCACAUCUGACAGUAAUUAUUAUAGGCUGAAAGUAGAAUCUCCAAGCCCUUAUAUAAAAAAUCCAAGUAUUGAACAAAAAUCAGAGGAAAAUCAUAUAGAAAUUAAUGAUAGAGUAGAGAAGCCAAUAGAAGUCCAAAAAGUAAAUAAUCCAGAAACAAAAAUAGAGAUGAAGUCUAUUAAGAAAAAAGAAGAAGAAAAGGAGAAGCCAAACACGAAAAUAAAUAAACCGAAACCUUCACAGCAACAAAUAAAAAAAGAAAACCCAAGGCCUUUAAGCUCAUCAAAAUCUGUAAGUGCUAUCCAAAAACCUUCAGAAAAAUCCAAAAAUGAUGAUGGGAGAAUCGAAAGACAAGAGGCAAGAAUUAAAAAACUAAACCAAACGACACGUUGGCUGCCUAAUUCUGCUUUUACUACUUAUUUUGGGAAGCCUGCUUUUGCGAACUAUGGUCAAGGAAAUGUAAACCCUGUAAGAGGAGGCUAUUUAUACGGCGACUAUAUGAAGAGUCAUAAUAUUGCCCCUCAUGAAGGAAAAAAUGAUCCAGAAUAUGCCCAAGUUUAUAAAAACGCUGAGACUCAUGGGCUACAACAAAAGCCAAGAUCCCCUGAGCCUCCAAGGAAAUGUAAAGACGAAGAUAGAUUAUCACCUGACCAAGUAGAAGAAUUAAAGAGAAGAUCCCAAAUCAUUGCAGAAAAAAAAUCUACACCAUCGAAGAAAAUAAUUAAGCCAAAUUUAUAUGAAGUUAAGACAUUUAAAAGUGUCCAUAGCACUCCUAAUACUUCAUUUGAAGGAGAAGCUGAAGAAGAGGAAGACUUAGAGAAAAAUAAUCAAAAAAAUCAAAAACUCAAAAACAAUUUUGUAAAAAAUGAGACUGCUAAUACUGAUAGAUGUUUGACCAAAACUGAGAAAAAAUCAGUAAAGACUCUAACGAAGAAUCAUACACAAAGCAAGCAGGCAACAGCAGUGAAUCAGUCAAGUGAAGUUCCAGAAAUAAAUUAUGAUGAAAAUAGGCAGAAUCUGCUAUUACCUGCUCCAAAGCAGCCACCGACUCAGCAGUCCCCAUCAUUUCGCUCUCAAGAAAGUCUAGUGCCACAAGUCCAAAUCUCCAACACUCAGCAGCCUAUUCAACUCAAAAUAACCCCAGAUCAAACUGCUACCGGCAAUAUAAGCCCUUCUCCAGGCCUCAAAUCCGAACCUCCAAGCCUAGCAGAGCCCAAUCAGCAAUUCCCUAACCCCAAUUUCUUUACUACAACCUACAAAGAAAUGGCUUCAAAAAUUCAUUACUCUCCAAAAUUCACCUCAGUUUUACCCCUUUCUCUCUGUGAAAAAUGCCAUGAGCCUAUUACUUCAGAAUUAGAAAUUAAGCCAGAAGAUUUGUGCCCACCUAACUCUUUAUCUGAUAUGCCAUUUAAAGAGCUAAAUCCAAAGAAUUAUAAACAACUUCCUGCCACGUUUACUAAAAGGAUUCCAGCAGCUGGAAAACUGAGCUAUAAAUCUCUCUCAGCUUAUAGCGUUAUCUUUCCAGAAUAUUAA